AUCAUUUUGUUGCCUGAGAGCCUGAGAAGAAACAAAUUGCUCAGAUUUGAAAGCUCAGGCACAAUCGCAGGAUUCAGCAGGGUGGCAUUUAAUUGGGCUCUGUAGUAUUUUUGGUUUGGUUGGCUUCACUCAAACUUAUUAACAGCGGGCCAUGGUGGCGCAUGCUCAACUCAGAAGCGGAUGCAGCCUCCGAGGCGGCAAUCUGUCAAGGAGAAACUGGACAGGCGGCGGUCCUUGCAGGAUGAAUUGAAAGCAGCAGACAGUCAGGUGCCUGAGGCAGCACCCCACGAGGAUGACAGUGACGGUGAAUUUUGGUGUGGCAAUGAGGACGUGGAGGGUGAAGAGAGUGAGGCCUCUUCAUGUGAGCUUGAACCAGCUCUUCAGCUGCAACCAAAGAUUCUUGGGUGCUGGGCUGCUGUUCUGGCUGCUUCCCACUCUUCCUCUUGUGGCUGCUGCUUCCUUCUCCAGGAGAGCUCCUUUAUGGAUGAAGACGAACUCGAGGCCGAGGAUGAAGAUGGUCAACGAGAAAGCCAGGACAAGAUCCUGGAUUGGUGGUGCCAAAGGCAACUCCUUCGAGUUUUGCGGCGGCUGGUACGAUUGCCCAAGGCAGGACCCUUCAAGGAGCCGUUGCCAUGGAAGGAGCUUGGCCUGGAGGACUAUCCUGAGGUCGUUUCAGAUCCGAUCGAUUUGAGGACCAUUGCAGAACGGCUGCAAGAUGGAAGUUAUAAGGAUGAGGAGGGCUUUGUCAACCCGGACUUCUUCUGGCAGGACAUCACCCUAUGCUGGGACAAUUGCAAGAUGUACUAUGAGGACGACCACGAAAUCGAAGCGGUCCGGAUGGCUGAGGAGAUGAAAGUGGAGUCGGAGAAACUGGAAGACGAGUUCUGGCACGAUCUCGAAAAGCUCGGGCGCUUACCGAGGGCUGCGAGCUGGGCUUGCCUCAAGGAAGGCCACAGGCAGCUGCGCAUGUUUGAGGCGUCUUUGGAUCGUGUGAAAGGGCAGGCCCUCAGCAAAGUCGCAGCUGUGGCAGACGUUGCGAAAGGUGCCAUGAAGGACGCAGCAACGCUGGCAGUGGAAGAGUCCAAAAAACUAGCAAAGCGCACACAAGAAUGGUGGAAUAAACUUCGAGGGAAACAUAUGGAGGAAGAGCACAAGGAAAUCCAAGUGCUUCAGCUGGAAGUCAAGCCACGGAUCCGAGAUCAUUUCGUUGAGAUGCUGAAAAUGCGCUUUGGUGUGAAUGGCUGGGAGGACAUCAUGGGGAUCGAAGAGGAGGUCCUGGUUGGCAUGAAAGACAACUGGCCAAUCCUGGAGGACACAGAUGGCAACGAUUUUCCAGCACGUGAUGAUGGCUUCAGCAAAAAGAUCGCAGUGGAAAGGCUGCUUCCUACAAAAUAUUUGGGCUAUGUUCAUGGUGCGAGUCGCGGAGGGAAGCGAGUUGAGUCUCUUGCCAGUUCAAGGAGCAGUCUGAGAUCCUCGCGCAACGGACCCGGAGGGUCGCGCCGCAAUUCCUUCGAAAGUUCCAGAGCUGGCUCCGAGAGGUCGGAGAGCCGACAGCAAACACCUCGCUCACACAGGUCAGAAGAGUCGCAUCGAUCCUCGGCCUUUUCACAUGGAUCAGAGACGUCUAAGUUGAUGACUCGAGUGGUCAGAGCCUCCGUUUUAGAGGCUGGAGCGACAGAGGUCCCUGGUGUUGAGACAUCUUCGGAGUCAGAUUCAGACAAGCUGGACAUCAGCAUGCCUUCUGC